CCGACUUCUUGCUGGUUAAAAUGGCUUGGACCAACGCAGCCCGAGCUCAUUCCUCAGCCGAGUCGCGAGAAAGUUGGACGCAAAACGAACCGAAAAUGUGCCGCCGGAUUGGAUUUAUUGUGCUCGUCGCCUUGCUGGGCGCCACUUUGGGCCAGGAGCAGCCCUACUACCUGCAACAGUGUCCCAGGGACGAGGCCCAGAUCAACGAGUGCCUCAAGGAGAGUGGCAACAAGCUGGUCCACUUCCUGCAGAAGGGGGUGCCGGAGCUGGACAUCUACGAGAUCGAACCCGUGAUGAUUGAUGAGAUCGGCAUUGUGCUGGGAAGUGGACCAGAUGGCUAUCGAGCCCUUUUCCGGAAUAUCCAAGCCUACGGUGUGAGCAACAUCACGGUAACAAAUAUCCGCUCCGACUUGGACUCGCUGCAGUUCCAGCUGACGUGCGAGAUACCCCGCAUUCGCGUCAAGGCCCAGUACCGCUCCACAGGUGUGCUGAUCUUGGUGAAGGCCUCCGGCGCCGGCGACUACUGGGGGGAGUACGAGGGAGUAAAGGCCAAGAUCUACUUCAAGGCGACGGCGAACGAGGGACCCGACGGACGCACCUACCUCACCACGGAGUCCGUGAAGAUGGACUUCAACGUGAAGGAGAUCCAGAUGGGCGUGGACAACAUCGCCAACGGCAACUCGGUUAUCCAGGCCGCCCUCAACCUGUUCAUCAACUCGAACUCCCAGGAGCUGCUCAAGGAAAUGAAGCCGGCGCUCAGGACCAAGCUCACCCUGGUCAUCCGCAACUUCAUGGACCGCAUCUUCGCCAAGAUACCGCUGGACGAGUGGAUCAACCUGAACUAGAACGUAGUUGCCCUACCCGUAGCCUAAGCCUAAUUUAUUGCACCCAGUUCAAGCUAAAUAAACCGAGUAAACACAUCCGAAA